GAGAACAUGAGAGGAACUGGAAUCUGAUACUGAAUAAACGGAAUAAACAAACUCCUCUCCAGUAUAUAAGAAGAAAAACCAUGUAGGGAUUCAGAGCGGCAUAUCGAAACAUUGACCUACUGAACCUUCACAGAACUGAAGCAUUAAAUAUCAAUAUUAUAAUUAUAAUUCUGCUGAACAAUACAUUCACUGCAGUGUUCCAGCAUUUGUUGAGAAACAAUGGCAGUCUGGCCUUUCUAUCUGUCGCUUUGUCUUCUCUUAACUUUGAGUGCCUCAGAGGAAAUGCUCCCUCAACAAGUUGGAAAUAGACGUUGCGGUGCUUGUCGAGCAGGAUGGUCUGCCUUCAGAUGUAGAUGCUUCAAGUUUUUCAGCAACUCUCAAAUGUGGAUAAAUGCAGAGAAAACCUGUCAGGACUUUAAUGGGCACCUUGCUUCUAUACACAGCCAUGAGGAGUAUGUAUUUAUACAGAACCUGAUUAGAUACACCACUAACGGAGCAACAAGAGCCUGGAUUGGAGCCAAUGAUGCUGUUCAUGAGGGAGUUUGGCUCUGGAGUGAUGGGUCCAAAUUUAACUACCAAAUAUGGUCUCCUGGAGAACCAAAUGAUGACAAAAAUGAGGACUGCCUUGAGAUGAACUACACAAAUGGCAACUGGAAUGAUCUGAAAUGUUAUUAUAAGAUGCCUUUUGUGUGUGUGAACUGAAGCAGCAUGUGAAAAGUCAAAACAAACAAGCUACUUUGACUCAUUUUCUUUCUUUUAGAAAUGACCAGUGAAGGUUAAUAAAGGUGUUUUCAGCAUUUCA